CCAUUGCACAUCCCAAUACACCAGCAGGGGAAACUUAUAACCCCGCCAGCUCGGACGCUCCCUUCACUGCAGUUCUGGGCUUCAAGGCAGCAGGAGAGCAGGGCAGCCAGAUUCCUUCACACAAGACCCUUUUCUUCAAGAGUUCUCAGCAUUAGACAUACUUCUGCAGCGGAGCCAAGAUGUUAGUGCUACUGGCUGGUAUUUUUGUGAUCCACACUGCCACAGUGAUCAUGCUGUUUGUCUGUACCAUUGCUAACGCCUGGAUGGUAGGCCAGAAAGGAAACUUAACAUCAGGACUCUGGCAAGCAUGUAAUGGAAGCUCCUGUACUGAUGAAGUAUUUCCAGCCGAUGACGCAUCUGCCCUCAAGGCAGUCCAGGCCUUCAUGAUCCUGGCCAUCAUCUUCUCCUUCAUCUCCCUGGUCAUGUUUGUGGUGCAGCUCUUUACUAUGGAGAAAGGGAAACGUUUCUACUUAACUGGACUCAUCCUGCUGGUCUGCUGGAUUUGCAUUUUGAUUGCUGUCUCCAUUUACACAAACCGAGUCCCGAAACAUUUCUCUAAUCAGUAUCACCACGGCUACUCCUUCAUACUGGCCUGGAUCUGCUUUUGCUUUAGCUUCAUCAUUGGCAUUCUGUACCUUGUGCUCAGAAAGAAAUGAGGGUCCUGAGGAUGAAAUAGGGAGGGAGGAUUGGAAAUUGGGGGAGGGGGCUUGGGGGGGGCUUGUGGGAGGGAUGUGAAGUCAUUUUCACGAUGA